GUACGCUUGCGUAGUAUCUGUGAUCAAAUGAUCAUGUGCAGCAAAUACGGGUUUCAAGGUCAGCCAUAAAACAACAAAACAACUGACUUUACCCAACCAACUCUUUAAAAUCUUUAAUUAUUUAUUUGUUUUUAACUUAAUUCAGAUUUAUUUACUUAUACCCUUGUCUAUACAGGCUUAUUCUAACUAGACACAUAAUUACGGAGCGUUUAAAAACUUAUUCUUAACAGAGUUCUUAAUCUAAAAUAUGAUGAGUGAAUCAAAGGAUAUAGAAGAUGCUAUACUGGAGAAUGCAAAUAAUGGAAACAUGUUAGAUUUUGAAGCUAAAAUAUUUCUAGAUAUUGUCCGCACUGAUGGUUUAGUCAUAGCAGCAAAAGGAGUUAAUCUAGAUUUGGUAAUUUUAAAUAUCUUAAAAGUUUACCAGGAUCCUGGAAAUUUGGUUAUUAUAUUAAAUUCAACUGAAUCUGAGCAACGAUUUUUUAAAGAAAAAUUAAAUUAUCAACAUAUUUAUAGCGAACACCAAAACGGUAAUGAACGAGAGGAAGAAUAUUUAUGUGGAGGUCUCCAUUUUCUAUCCACAAGAAUUUUAGUAGUUGAUUUAUUAAAGAAGCGUAUACCUACUGAUAAAAUUACUGGUAUGAUUGUGUUAAGGGCCCACAGAAUAUUUGAAAGCUGUAACGAGGCAUUUGCUUUAAGGUUGUACAGACAGAAUAAUCAGAGUGGUUUUGUUAAAGCAUUUUCUAAUAGUGCUCAAAGCUUUACUAUGGGAUUCUGUCAUGUCGAUAGAGUUAUGCGUGCUUUAUUUGUCAAUCAACUUUACAUUUGGCCUAGAUUCCAUCUCCUAAUAUGUGAUUGUUUGAAAAAAUAUCAACCACAGGUUAUUGAAUUGCAUAUACCUAUUACAGACCUGAUGAAAAAAAUACAAACUUAUAUAUUGGAGUUAAUGAAUUUAACAGUAAAAGAGUUAAAAAAACUUAAUCCUCCUUUAGAAAUGCAAGAUGUUACAGUAGAAAAUUGUAUAACUAAGAAUUUUCAUAAAAUAUUACAGGCAGAAUUGAAUAUGGUGUGGCAUCAACUUAGUAACAAAAGUUGUCAAUUGAUCGCAGAGUUAAAGACACUUCGGCAUUUGUUACUAUUGCUGUUCUAUACUGAUUCAGUUACUUUCUACUCCAAUUUAUUAGAAUAUAGAAAGCCCGAGUAUGCCAGAAACACACAAUGGGUUUUAAAUAAUUCUGCUGAACUUUUAUUUAAAGACUCUACUAAAUUAGUUUUUACUGAAGAUAGAGAAUUUAAUCCACAAUUUUGUCCUAAGUGGGAAGCCCUAAUGGAACUUUUAAAAGUGGAAAUACCUGCUGAAAUCAGUAGAUCCAAAAAUGAGAAUAAUACAAUAUUAAUUCUUUGUAGUAAUAACAGAACUUGUCAUCAACUUAAUAUGCUUUUAGGAAGUGGUCCUCAGCAUUACCUAGUAUUUUUGGCAUUGAAAAAUAAGAUACAAUUUAAACGUUUAAGUCAAGCGUUCAAGGAUUGUCAUAUGACGAUAGAAGAGACUAGAAAAGAAGACCAAUAUAAUGAGUUAAAUAAAAAUAUUCAGUACAAUGAUGAAAAUGCGUUUUCAAAAGAAGAAGACGAAAAUACCAAGUUUGAAAGCACAUAUAUAUUGACCAUGAAUGACCCUAUAAAGGAUUCCUCUACAGAUGCAUGUAAUGAUCAAAUAUUUACACCUGUUGCAGAUGGUGAUAGCAUAAACUUAAAAGAUAUUUCUAAAACUGUUUGUUCGCCCACAAUACUAAUUCAAACAUUUAAAGGAGGAGAGAAUUAUAUUAGCCUCCAGACUACAUUAGAAGCAUUGAACCCGAAUUUCCUAAUUAUGUAUCAUAGCAAUGUAACAGCAAUACGAGACAUCGAAAUGUAUGAAGCACACAAUAAAAACCCCGGAAAAUUAAAAACUUAUGUUCUCAUACAUGCAGGAACAGUCGAAGAACAAUCAUAUUUGACGUUACUGAGAAGGGAAAAAGAAGCAUUUGAAUUUUUAAUUCAAACAAAAGCUCAAAUGGUAAUUCCGUCUGAUCAAGAUGGUAAAAAUGCUCAAUGUAUUACUCUACAAAAACCACUAGAUAGUUCCGAAAAAAAUACACGUCAAGGAGGUCAAGUCACAGCGGUAGAAAAAUCUUUUGUUAUUGUUGAUAUGAGAGAAUUUCGAAGUGAUUUGCCAUCCCUGAUACAUAAAAGAGGAAUUGAUAUUGAACCAUUAACAAUUACGGUAGGGGACUAUAUUUUAACAAACGAUAUCUGCGUGGAAAGAAAAAGUAUAUCCGAUCUAAUUCAGUCAUUAAACUCUGGAAGAUUAUACCAACAAUGUACUCAAAUGCAAAGAUAUUAUUCUAAACCAAUGUUAUUAAUUGAAUUCGAACAGAAUGGGUCAUUUAGUUGGCAGAACCAGUAUAUGCUGUCUGAAGAUAGUAACAACUUUGAUAUACAACAAAAGUUGUUACUUCUGACAAUCCACUUUCCAAAGUUGAAAAUUAUAUGGAGCCCGAGCCCCUAUGCAACAGCUCAGUUAUUUGAAGAAUUAAAACAAGGAAAAGAAGAACCUACUAUUGAGAACGCAUUAGCUAUUGGCUGUGAUCAAGAUUUAGAUAUUAUUGAAACUAAAUAUAAUUCCAGUAUUUAUGAUUUUAUGCAGAAGUUGCCUGGCAUUACAACUAAAAACAUUCAUCAAAUAUUAAGAAAUGGAAUAAAUCUUGGAGAAAUUAUAAAACAGUCUGAGGGCGAUCUGGAUUGUUUAUUUAAUAACUCAAUAGAUGCACGUGCAUUUCAUUCAGCGCUUCAUCAAUCUUGUAUACCAGAAAAAAAUGACAGAAAAGAAGAAUUUAAACAAAAAAAAUCCAAUUUCGGCAGAGGUAAACUAAAGAGGAGCAGAAAUAUAUGAGAAAUCAACAGUAAUCAAAACAUUUUAUUUUAUUUUUUCUAAAAAUAAAGCUAUUUAUACUA